AUGUCUGGCAAAUUCCCUCUGGACGAGCGUGACGUCGAAGUCAACUGGGAGGACCAGCAGCGCAUCAACCAGAUUCAUACAAGAGUCCAGAAGACUGAGAAGGAGUACCUCGACGACCUCGCCAUGGAGAUCGAGCUUCUCGACGAGGAGGAGCCCGUGCCGUACCGGGUUGGCGACACGUUUGUUAUGCUGCCGCUGGAGGAAGCCCAGGAGCGCGUCGAGAAGAACAAGGAUGCGAUUGAUGCUCGCGUCGAGGACCUGGAUAAGCAGAUCUCUGACAUUUCUGAGGAGAUGGAGGUGCUCAAGAAGGAGCUGUACGGAAAGUUUGGUCGGGCAAUCAACCUCGAGAAGGACUAG